GGGCUCGGGGGUAACACCUGCUCGACUCCUUCAUUCAAGUGACACCAGAGCUUCCAGGGAUAUUUGAAGCACCAUCCUUUCCAUUCCUGGGCACUUCCACAGCGCUGGCAACGGCACGGGUCACAUGCUCCCCGAAGAGAGGUUACAGAGCUCCCUUCCCGAGCGCUCUGUGGAGUCAGAAAGGAGGAGGAGGAGGAGGAGGAGGAAAAAGGAGAAGGAGGAAGAGUAGAAAGAGGAGGAGAAUACUCGAAGGAAGAGGAAGAGAACACAAAGAGUAAAGGUUCUCAGAGCGGGAGCUUUGUAACUGCAACCAUGUGUGUGGAGCGGUUCAGCCAAUUAGUGACCCUGGCGUUGGUGUUGGCCAGCUUCGAUCCCGUGCUGGGGACUGAAGCCACUAACCCACCCGAAGGGACGCAGGACAGAGCCUCUCCGCAGAAAGGGCGGCUCUCCCUGCAAAAUACAGCGGAAAUCCAACAUUGCUUGGUGAAUGCUGGCGAUGUGGGAUGUGGAGUAUUUGAGUGCUUUGAAAACAACUCUUGUGAGAUUCGAGGCUUGCAUGAUAUUUGUAUGACCUUCCUGCACAACGCUGGAAAAUUCGAUGCCCAGGGUAAGUCCUUCAUCAAAGAUGCCCUGAAGUGUAAAGCCCAUGCCUUGAGACAUAAAUUCAGCUGCAUCAGCCGGAAGUGCCCAGCCAUUAAGGAGAUGGUAUUCCAAUUACAGCGGGAAUGCUACCUGAAACACAACCUCUGCUCUGCUGCCAAAGAGAACAUACAAGUGAUGGUGGAGAUGAUCCAUUUCAAAGAUCUGCUACUGCAUGAACCCUACGUGGACCUGGUGAACAUGCUGCUGACGUGUGGUGAAGAGGUGAAGGAGGCCAUCACCCGGAGCGUGCAGGCUCAGUGUGAACAGAACUGGGGAAGCCUUUGCUCCAUCCUGAGCUUCUGCACCUCAGCUGCCCAAGGGGAGCCGGCAGCCACUCCCGAGAGACAGCUGCAGGCUGAGGGCUCCAAGGCCCUCCGCGCUUAUCAAGGGGAUCUAGGCUUCCACCUCCCAGAGUCAAGUGGGAGGGAUGCUUCCAGAGGUGCCAAGGGGGAAAAAGGUAGCAAGAUCCACCCAAAUGCCCACCUCCGUGGCAAAGCUGGGGGCCAAGGAGCCCAGGGAAGUAAUGACUGGGAGGAUGAACGGGCUGAGUAUUCAGAUAUCCGGAGGUGAAAAGACACCCACUUGCUCAUGAAAUCUUUCCUCCAUACCGUCCAUUUUCUUAUCUAUGGACAUUCCAAAACAUUUACCAUUAAAGCGGGGGGAUGUCACAUGCAGGGUAUUAAGGGAAUCGUGGACUUCAUGGAAGGUGUAUAAAUAAGUGGAAAGGGCAGCUGAGAUGGAGGCGCCCGGAGCUAGUCAGCUCUUGGUUGUACCUGGUGAAUUCAGCACUUACACAUAUUCAAGUGAGUGCUCCAAGUGUUGUCCUCAUUUUAACUUUUGUCUUCUUUUGAGCAAUAGGGCCAAGUGGGUGUCAGUCUGAUGGUUUGCUCUGUUGUGGGGGUGGGGAGGGGGGAGCGGGGUUGGGCAUUUCCACCUGGGCCCGGCCAUCUCACCAACACUAGGCUCACCUCUGUGGCUUUCGGUGCUGUCUUCCCAAAGAGUGGUUGGGUUCCCUGGGAAUCAGAUAACAGCUGUGAAUGUCAAGUCAUCAUUGGGGAUGCAGGGAAGAAGAAGGGCUGAGAGGAAGAGGAGAGUCAGCUGUGAUGCUUGGUGCCAAGCUGAAAUUCGGUUUCUUGCCCAGAUCCUUGAUGCAGAGAACUCUGGGUUUUGUUCUGAGCCAUUGUUCCCUGUAUGGGUGAAACGGCCUGAUCAGAUGGCCCCCAUGUGUAUCUUAACCACUGCUUUACUUCACAAUUUGGCUUUUUAUUUAUCCAAUGACAUCUACUUGUCUGUUGUCUAAAUAAAUGGCUUUUAAACAAG